UCAAAAAAAUAUCACUGUUAACUUCUAACGCAUAUGAACUCAAUGUGACAUAAUACAUAUUUCAAUCAAACUAGCGAUCUAGAAAUGCACAGGAGCCUUAUAAACCCAGAGAAUAGGGCCACAACUUCAAACAUCAACCACUAAAUCAUGGUCAGUCCAUGUUCAAACACAAUAGUCCAAUCACAGUCAGUCAGAGUUCAUUAACCAGGACAACAUUACAUAAUCCAUAAUCGACCACAAUGUUCACAACAACCCGCAAUGUGAGUUUGUCUGAAGCAUGUCUCUCUUCCAGUGAUGACACGAUUCAUAGAAUGAAACCUCUUUCUGAUGAAGACUCGCGAAUACUCUUACAUAGAAGAAUAUUUCAAAGCGAGGACAAAUGUCCAGAAGAUUUGCAGGUAGUAUCAAGAGACAUCUUGAAGAAAUGUGGUGGUGUACCAUUAGCCAUCAUUACAAUAGCUAGCCUACUUGCUAGUAAUCAACGAGUAAAGCAAAAAUAUGAGUGGAUGCAUUUGCACAAUUCGAUUGGCCGUGGAGUUACACAAGGUGAUAUUGUGAAGGACAUGAACAUGAUAUUAUCACUCAGCUAUUAUGAUUUGCCAUCCCAUCUGAAGCCUUGUUUAUUAUAUCUAAGCAUCUUUCCUGAAGACUUUGAGAUUAAGAGAGAUUGGCUGAUAUGGAGGUGGCUUGCUGAAGGGUUUAUCCAAUGUGACAAAGAAGAAACCAGGCUGUUUGAGAUCGGAGAGCGCUACUUCAACGAGCUCAUGAAUAGGAGCUUGAUCCAGCCAGCGAAAAUCAAUGACGAAGGAACGGUAGUAACUUGGCGUAUACAUGAUGUGGUGCUUGACCUUAUAUGCUCACUGUCAAGUGCGGAAAAUUUUAUCUUCAUAUUGAAUAAUGCUGAGUGCCAUGCACCUAAUCUGCAAAGGAAGUUUCGCAGAUUAUCACUUCAUAAUAUCAAGGCAAAGGUUCAAAAUCAUCAGUUUGAUAGCACCAGCCUGUCAAAAGUGAGGACCUUUGCUGUUUUUUCUCCCGUUGCUUGUGAUUGGUUGCCAUCUCUCUCAAGCUUCCAUUUUUUACGUGUGCUGGAUCUUGGAAAUUGUGGCAGCCAUGAAAGUAGCUCUGGUCUCAACCUCAAGUAUGUUCGGAAUUUAAUUCACCUAAGAUACUUAGGGCUCAAGGGUGCAGAUGUUCACGAACUCCCAGUGGACAUAAGCAAGCUGCAGCUUUUGCAGAUACUGGACAUACAAGGAACUAGAAUAAAUGAGUUACCUGCAAGUAUUGUUCAACUAAGAAAUUUGAUAUGCCUAUCUGUCGAUAGUGGCUUGAGGCUGCCAAAAGGAAUGGGGAACUUGAUGUCCCUUGAAGUGCUGGAACGAGUAGGCUUAUCCUCAUCUUCUCAUAUUGUGGAAGAGUUGAGGCAUCUGACAGAGGUUAUGACACUCAGUAUUAACUGUGAUAACAUGGACGAGGAUCUGAUUGAUAUAUUAAUCAAGUCUCUUUUUUUUCGAAAAGGGGGAUAG